AUGAUCAUUAUCAUAUUUCUCAUCUGUUUGAAUUAAACAGAAACAUUUGAAAUAUAAGCAUUAGAUCCUUUAUACUAAUAAGCACAUUUAUCGGUGAAGAUAGAGGAUGACGAUUUUGCUCUAAAAAAAUAUUUUAGUUAUGGCAUUUGGUCAAAAUAUAAUCCUCUUAGCACAAUACCUUAGACUGGCCCUGUUGGAUUCUUUGAUAGUAAUUGUUAUUAGCUACUUCACAUUAUUGAUAAGAAAAUCAAUGAAUUAAAUUUCAUAUAUUUCGAUUGUUUGGAUUAUGAGGCAAACACAAUAAAAAAAGCAAUAAAGUUCGUAAACAACGAAGACGAAUAAAAAAUAUAUGAAAUUCAAGUGGAUGCAUUUGAAUAUGAAAGUUUUUGGUAUUUUCUUGAAAUUCUUUAAUGGCCUUUAUAAAAACGAUUCGAAAUUUUGAUAAUUUCAUAAUCUAAAAUUUUAAUUCAUAAUAUUUAUGAAUAAAAGUACCCAUUCAAAGGAAAAGACCUCUAAUUUACUUUUGGAAGCAGCUUGAUUGUAAGUAAUUCAAGAAUAGAAUCAAUUUAGAAAGAUUAAAAAUUCUCAUAUUUUCCUGGAACAAUUGCUAUAUAAAAGUUUAAAAUAGAAAACGAACUGAAUGUUAUAGAUUGGUUUGAAGAUGUCAAAAAUACUUUUGAAAGUUAUGAAUCAUGUUUUUGUUAACCAAAUAACAGUUCACAAAUUCUAGAUUCAGAUAUUCAUACUUAAUUUAUAAAAGAAAUGAUUUCAGAAAAUUAAAAUUGUGAUUCUUUUAUUUUAUCAGGAUGGUUUAAGAUAUCAGAAAUCAUUAAAGAAGAUAAUUAAUUUAUAUAUCCAUUUAUAAAAUUAGCAUCUAUUUUUGAAAAUCCAAGUUUAACUAAUGAAAACUUAUCCCCCCUUUAAAUUCAAUAUAAAUUAUCAGAUAUAUAAAAUUAAAUUAUUGUAACUACUUAUAGCUACACAUUUCCUAUAGUUUCGAUAGAUUUUUCUAAUAAUCCAUUUCUAAUAGUAAAAAUUAUUGAUAUCAAAGAAAGUAUGAAAUUGUGGCAUUAAAUAUAAGUUAGGUUAAAUAAAAAUUAAAUGGAUAUUUAAAUUAAAUUUUACGAGUAGUUUAUAAUUUAUGAAUAUAAUUAUUAACUAGAAUUUCGCUAAUUUUAGUUAUAGCAAUUUAAAUUAUUAUAUGGAAAUAUCUAAUAACUUAAAUCAAAUUACUUACAUAUAUUAAUAAGAAAUUUCUUUUUUUUAAAUUGUGAUCAAAAUUUUUCUGAGUAGAAUUGCCAUUCAAAUUGUUUAGAAUGUGAUGGUCCAAGUAAUGAAGAUUGUCUCUCUUGUUCUUAAGAAUCCAAAAGAAUUUAUUUGCCUGAACAUAAAGUAUGCGUUUGCCCUUACAAUACAAUUGAUGAUUAAAUUUGUAUUGGUUAUGAAGAAUCAAAUUUAGAAUUAAUUAAUGAGCCCUUCAUCAACACUAACAUUGAGUGUAAAUAUGGUUAUUUUGAAUUAGAUAAUGAAUGCUAAAGAUGGUAACUUAUUUAUAAUAUUUAUAGUCCUUCAAUCAUAAGGAAAGAUUUAAUAAUUUGUGUAGAAUGUGUGUAAAAUCCAAAAUCUUUUAGUAAAAACCCAGUGUGUGGACAUGAUUUAUACAUCAAUUAAUUAAAUUAGACAGAAAGACUUUAAACGAAUUAUUAUCCUUAAUUAUAUUUUGAUGGAAAUUAUAUAAUUGCAUCUGUAUGGUAUACAGAAAUUAAAGUAAAAGACUUGAAUGAUUUUUAUUUAGACUAUUUAAAUAAAUCAAUUCUUUAUUAUGAUUAGUACUUAUAUGAUCGUACAUAGAACUUUCAAACAAAUUCUAUUGGAUGUUUAAAGUUAUAUUUAUCAAUUAAUGGUGUAAAAUGUGUGUUAUGUAGUCCCGAUACAAUAUUAGAAAAUGGCAGCUGUACUGAUAAAUUUGUGAAUGAACUAUUAUUGAAAAGAUCUUGCCAGACUCCAUAUUAUAUAAGUUCUACUAAUUAAUGCAAAUUAUGUCCAAAAAUUAAUUGCAUAUAUUGUUUUGAAUACUAAAGUGGAGAAGAUACAUUCAAGAGUACUUUAUAUAAAAAUUUUGAAAGUUUCAAUGUUGACGAAUAAACAAAUGUAGGUUGUGCAUUGUGUGAAGAUGGCUUUAUUUUUGACUUUACAAUUGGAGAAUGCUUAAGAUAAUAACCAAAAAUUUAAAGUUGUUUAAGAUCGUUUAUCAAUUAAGAUGGUCAUGAAAUUUGUACUUUAUCCUCUAAAACUGAUUUUACAAUUGCACCUGAAAUAAUAAAUUGUGAAAAAUAUCAUUCUAAUUGUUUAUAAUGUGUUCUUACUUCUAAAUCAAAAAUAUAAUGUGUAAUCUGUAAAUAAGGAUUUGUAAGCUCAAUAAUUACAGGAAAUUGCUACUACAAUAAAAAUGAUAUAAAUAGUGCUUAUGCAAUACAAGGAGAUCAUUUGGAGGUAGAUGGAUAUGUUCAAGUUUUAUGAUGUAAUUUCUACCUGAUUAAUAUUAUUAUUCCUACACUUCAGAAUAUCUACUAGAGUUUCCUAUAAAAUGUAAAAAUGGAUAUUAACUAUCAUAAACUUUUAUUUGUACAAAAUAUUGUAGUAAUGAUUGCUUAAAUUGUUAAUCUACUAAUUAAGAUUUUAUUUGUUUGAAAUGUCCUUUAAAUUACUACAGAAAAAAUAUCAUAGUUGAAAUUCUGGGUCAGUGCGUCACUUGUUCUAAUUUAUGUCAAUAUUGUUAAGAGAGAACUGAAGAAGAAAUUACUGUAACAAUUUUAAACUAUAAUAGGCUUUGAAAUCUAAUUUUUAGCUAUAGGCAAAUGAUUAAUUUCCAAUGAAAUGUCUGAAACCAAUUGAUGAUCCUAAUAUCAUUGUCAAUCCCUAUUUAGGAAAUUCUAAAUAUUGUUUUAACCAAAGUUGUUACAAUAGCUUUUCUUUUUCCUACUAUUUUCAACACUGUCUCUUUAUUUAUUAUUUCCCAUAUUUAGACUUUUAUUUAAAUUUUCAAUUUUGCAACCUUAUUGGAAUAGAUGAAUUGACAAUAAAUUAUAUUUUUAAAAUUGAAGAUGUUUGUGAAGAAUUGAUAAUGCCUUCUGAUUAAUUUUUAUUAAGGAAUAAUUUAAAACAGAAAAUCUUUUCUUUAAAGCAAAUUAAUAUGAGUCUCUUUUCAGUUUAUCCAAGAAUCUUGGUAUUAAAUGAUCCAACAAAUAUAGUUAAUUAUGAUUCAGUAGAAAUCAAAAAUUUAACAUUAACUUUAUCUGAUCAAUUUAUUUUGGAAAAUACUAACAACAAAGUUGAUAUAACAUUAAAAAAUAUUAACUUAAUUCAAAGCAAUUUUUCUGAUAAAACAAUUUUUCAAACUUUAGUGUAUGGAAAUAUUCUAUUUUAAGAUAUUAAGAUCAUAGAUUCUAUCUUUAUUAAUUCAACCUUUUUUCAAUUUUAAAAACAAUCAAUUUAAAUAUCAAUAACAAUCUAAAAAUUAACUAUCGAAAAUUGCCUUUUAAAUAAUUCAACUCUAUUUAAAAUUAAUAACAUUUAAGCAAUCAUUACUAUUGAAAAUAUUCUUAUUGAAAAUUGUUCAAUUUUCAAUUCUUCAUUUUUCUCUUUCUCAACAGAUUUGAACAAAGUAAAUUAAAUCAAAUUAUUUGAUAUUAGGAUUAAUCAAUGUUAUUUUACUAAUUCUUAUUUUUUAAAGAGCAAUAAUAAGUUUAAAAUAAUUGCAAAAAAUCUCUUUAUCCACAGUAACAAUCUUAAAAAUUCAGUGAUAAUUGCUUUUGAUGAUGAUUUAGAAUUGAGUAGUAUUAGAACAAUUGAGAAUACUCUUAUAGAAUCUUCAAUUUUAUCAACGUUAUUGAUGAUAAAUGAAUAAACAUCUUUUUGCACCAUUGAUGAUUUUGAAGAUUGUUAAAGUGUUUUUUAAGAAUCAAGUAUGAUAACAAUUUAUUCAAGUCUUCAAAUGAAUAAUUUAAUUGUUAGUAUUACAAAUGUAAAAGUUUAGGAAAAUAAACUACUUAAUACCUUAUAAGUAUAAAAUUUACUUUUUAAAUUACGUUGCCAUUCAUUAGUUAUCCAGAACGCUUAAUUUUUAAAUUUGCAAAAUAUGGCUGUGUUUUAUCUUUUUGAAAUCAAUUAGAUUGUUUUAGAUUCUAUAAUUUUUGAGAAUCAUAAAUAAGAACAUAAAGUACCAAUUUCAUAAUUUUGUACUGAUAUAGUCGUAUUUAAGAGUUAACUUUUGUAAGUUAUAGGUUUUCAGUAAUUAUUUUUAUCAAACAUUAAAAUUGUAAAUCAAUUCAGUAUUAAUUAUUCGUUAAUUGAUAUAUAUUUUAGUACUUAGUUCAUUAUUGAUUCAAUAAGAUAAGUAAUAUUAGUAAACAUAUAAUUUAAAGGGAACAUCUUAUUAAAGAACAAAUAAGCCAUCUAAUUAUCUUUGGUAACUAUUUUUUCUCAAUAUAAUUUAAAUAUUAAAUUAACUGAUUUUUAAUUAAUCCAAAAUAUUGUAAAUCAAUAAAUUGAUGAACCACUUGAGACUUAAACUAAUUUAUUGCAUAUAAGUUCAUUAGAUAGUUUUGUUUAAAUUCAUAAACUAUAUUGUGAUCAAAAUGCCUUAACUAAUUCAACAAGUCCAUUCAUAACAGUUACUGCCACUUGGCUUGAAAUUACUAAUGUAAUAAUUAUGAAUUCAAAUGUCUUAUCAUAAACUUUAUGGCAAAAAUUUUAUGAUUUUGAAUUAGAUAAUUAAUAUAAUCAACAAGAAAUCAACUCAAUUAUUCAAUCAACCUUUAAAAUAUUAAAUUAAGGAAUAUAUAUAUUAGCUUCUCAUUUUAGUUGUACAGAAAGUAUUUUUAAAGAAAUUAUCGCUUUUCAAAGUUCUAUUUUCUUGAUCAAAACUCAAGGAUAAGGAAUAAUUAACAUUAAUGAUAUCUAGAUAGAUUCUGUUUAUACUAAUCUAAAAGAUAGCGGAAGCACAGGAUGUAUAAGUAUAGAUUCAACAAAUAGCUUAUUGGAUAUUUAAAUUAAAUAAAUAAAAGUUACAAACAUCUUUAAUAGUAUGGUUGCUUCAUUAUUUACUAUUACACCCUCUUUAAAAUAAAAUGUUAUUAAACUAAAUAAUAUUGAAAUUUACAAUUGCCUUUCUUUAAUGAAUACAAUUAUUUAAGUUAAAUUUUCAGCAUAAACAAUGAAAGAAAACUCAGUAAGUAUUAAUAAUUUAACAAUUUAUUCAAGCGAAGAAAUGUGGAUUAAAUUAUUUUCCUUAAUUGGCCAAAUAACAUUAUCAGAAUUAGAAAAUAUAAAGAGUGAAGAUAAUUCUAUGAUAUUUUUUGAAAAUUGCAAUAUUGAAAUAAAAAAUUUAUAUAUAGAAGGAAUAGCAGUAUCUCCAAUUUUAAAAUUUCAAAAUGUUUUAAAGCUCAAGCUUUUAAAUUGUAAACUAAUAUCUAUAAAAAAAUUAUAUUCAUUUGAUCUCAUACUCAUAACUUAAACCUUAAUAACGAAAUCACAAAUUUUCAUUGAAAAACUCAAGAUAAUUUAAAGUGUUACCUAUUAAAAACAAUCAGAUUCAAUCCCUAUUUUUUAGAAUUUGAAUUAUUAAAUUAUUGGCUGUGGUUUGUGGAGGAAUAUAUCAAUAAUAUAGUAAAUUAUUUUUUCAGAGAUAAUAGGUUAGAUUUAAUCUUCUGAUUAGAAUAAAAAUUAGAUAAUGUAUGUGUAAAGUAUUUCUAACUAAAAUUCUCUUAUUUUUUAACAGAUAGAAAUGACUAAUAAUAAUUGAUCAGACUUUUCAAAUGGAAUAAUCACUUUCGAAGUUAAGCAGUUUAAGAUUUUUAAAAUAAAUAAUUUUUUUUGCUUUUAGAAUAGUGUGAAAGAAAAUGGUUGCAUAUAUUUUUUGAUUUAGAGCUUUAUCAAUUCGAUUGUUAUAAUAAAAGAUUCUAAUUUUAUUGAGAAUAUUGGAAGUCUUGGAGGUGCAAUAUUAAUUUAAAAUGUUGGAAUAAGGAUAACAAAUUGUAAAAUAAUAUCUAAUUAUGCAAACAAAUUAGGCGGAGGAUUGUUUUUAUAACUUAAGGGUUCUGAUUUUUAAAUUAAAUCAACAAUAAUUACAAAUAACGAAGCCUUAGAUGGAGGAGGGAUUUACUAUAACUAGGAUGAAACUAUACAUAAUAAUUUUAUCAACUCUUUUUUACUAUUUAAUAAUGCAAAAUAAUUUGGAAACAAUCUUAUUGAAUCUCCACAUCAUUUAGCAUUUCUUAUCAACGAUUUGGAAAUGAGAUCUAAAAAAUAAAUCAUAAAUUAUUAACUUUAUGAUCAUUUAGUGCUCACACCCUAUAAAAUUAUAGAAUAAGGAAUUCCUUUUUUUACAAAUUAUUUAAUGAUCCCAAGUAAUUAAGUAAUUUAGGAAUAUCAAAUUUAUUAGCCCUCUAGCACAUAAUAUUUUUCAUAUAUUACAAAUGUUAGUCUCAUUCUUAAGAAUCAUUUGAACGAAACACUUCCAAAUAUACUAAAUAUAACAUGCAUUUUGAUUGAACAAGCUGUUUAUAAAGAAAACUUAGAUUAAGCAGGCGAAUAAAAAUAACAAACAAUUUUGUAAUUUGAUUCAUCAAAAGAUUACUAUAAUUUAGGUUCUCUUUCAUUCAUUUUUGAUCCUUAUAAUUAGGAAAAAAAACUUUUAUAAAUUGAGGUGAACUGUUAAUCACCUAAACAAUAGAAUAGUUUAAAUUACAUUAUUUAAGCAAAAAGCUUUAAAUGCUAACUUGGAGAAUUUUACGUAAAUUCUGGAUGUUAAAUUUGCUAAUCAAGUUAAGGGUUUUACUCUGUAGUAUAUGAUGCAACAAAGUGUUCAAUAUUUGAUAAAACAAAAUUUAAGAACAUAACUAAAAAUAACAUAGAAUUUUUAGAAGGAUAUUGGAGACCUAAUUUUUUAUCUGAUUAAAUAGAGGAAUGUUAUAAAAAUUAAAAGUUUUGUAAAGGUGGUUGGGAAUAUGGAAAUUAAAUCUGUGAUUAAGGACAUAUAGGAGCAUUGUGUGAAGAAUGUGAUAUUUAUAAUAUAAGAGGAGAUGGAAAAUAUUUUAAGAAAUAAGAGGAUUCAUAUUGUAUAUCUUGUUUUGGUGUUUAAGAUAGUAUAAUCCCAUUCAUAGCAACAUCAUUUUGGUAAUUUAAUUUAAUAUUUAGGUCAUUUAUAUCAAUCAUUAUAACUCUAAGAAGUAUUGAUUAAUCCAAUCUAUUAUUCAGAAGUUUAAAAUUAUAAUAAAAGUUUAGCAAAAUUAUUUUUAACUUAGAAUAAGGUAUGUAAAUCCUAUAUUUUAAGGGCAUGAAAGUUUUUUAAUUAAAAUGUUAUUAAACUAUUUAUGGAUAUACUCAGUUAUAUUUACAUUCAAUAUAAAGUUCCAACUUUCAUUUACUUUUGUUGAUUCAGUCAGUAAUACUUCUUACUAAAUGACUAACAAUUUAGAUUGUUAUUUAUCAUAAAAUCAAUCGUUAGAAUUGAUUUAUUCUAAAAUAAUUACAAUGCUUGUCCUCAUGACAUUCUAAUUCAUACUUAUUAUAAUGGUAUUUCUCCUUUAUUAUUGGUAUAAAAAGAUUGAAUUGAGCAAGUUUAACUUGGAGAUCAUUUCUAAUUCUUUGCUCUACCUUUAUAUUUCCAAUUAUGGUGGAUUGAUUAAAAUGUAAUUCUACUAUAUUUAUUUUAGGUAUUUUUCAAUUCUCUCAAAAAGAGAUGUAUCAAAUUAGAGUUAUAUUCAAGGUGAUGUUUCACUAUUUUUUGGAUCUAAAGAACAUUUAAUUUGGAUUUUUUCCUUUGUUAUUCCAGGAAUAUUGGUUUUUAGUUUGAUCAUUCCACUUUUUCUUUUUAUAGUCAUGUACAUUAAAAAAGAUUAGCAUGAUAACAUUUAAAUUAGAAAACAUUUUUGCUAUUUAAUCAAUGAAUACAAUCACAGAAGUUAUUUUUGGGAAGAAAUAAAACUAAUAAAAAAGACUAUUAUUAUUCUAAUAUUAACAUAUUUUGAGACUUAUAUUAUGCUAAAAGCAUCAUUGUUGGGGUUAUGUUUACUUAUUUAUUAGCUAUUAGCUUUUAAAAAGAAACCAUAUAUUCUUUCUAAUUUUAAUAGCAUGGAUUUAUUUUCAGCAUAAAUAUGCUUAAUUACAAUUUUUCUAAGUGCUGUUAAAUAUGUAUCAGAGCAAGAAAAUAAUUAGUUUUCAUCAACAUUGCUCUCUACUAUCAUUCUUUUUCUUUGUAUUAAACUUUGCUAUUCUUUUGUCAAGGGCAUAAUAGUAGUUUACUCUAUUAAAUAUACCUUUAUAAUCUUAAAUUAUAUACAUUUAAUUUUGAAUAAGAUUUUGCCCGAUAAUGUUUUAACAAAAAAAUUAAAAGUGCAUAUACAAAGAUCAAUUUAAAGAAAUGAGAGAGCGAAAUUUUUGAUAAAUAAACUUAAAUAACAUCUAUUUAAAAUUUCUAAAUCCCAAAUUGAAAAUCACAAGAAAAUUCUAAACUCUCAAAGCUAAUAUUCUAAAUUCUAACAGUCAUAAUAAAUAUACAAGUGA